AGGUCAACAGUGUUUGGACUAUAUCGCUAUAGGAACAACGGCGAUAGCUGCUCUAACACGGAGAAGGUCUAAUUACCGGACUUUGUGCUGGUGCAGACUACACGUGAGUCGGAAGCUGUUCCCCACCGGAGGCGCGCGUGCGCUCUAACCACAGCACCGACGGCUUUGCAAAGUGGCAGCUCAGCUCAGGGAACUAUAGACAUCAGUCUGAAGCGAAGCUCCACCGGAGGACACGCACUGUGCAUCAUCUCCCUCAGCCGUCCGUGUGUUGCUCGUGGUCGCGAGAUACCAAACAUUCCCCAAAGAAGCUCAGGAGCGGAGAAGCAGCAGCAGCGGAGAAGUGAUGGAUGAAAGGAUACCGCAUUUACAGGACAGGCAGUUUAUGGAGCACGCCGAUUUCUUGGGGGUGGAUUACCCCUCUCUCUACAUGUGCAAAUCCAAAAGAGGAAUCAAGCGUGAGGAUGGUGGGAAGGACGCAUACAAGUUACCACACCGGUUGAUAGAGAAGAAGAGGAGAGACAGAAUCAACGAAUGUAUUGGCCAGCUGAAGGAUUUGUUACCCGAACAUUUGAAGCUGUCGACGCUCGGGCAUUUGGAGAAAGCAGUUGUCCUGGAGUUAACGCUGAAACAUUUAAACGCACUGACUGCUGUCACUGAGCAGCAGCACCAGAAGAUUAUUGCUUUGCAGAAUGGGGACCGGUCGAUGAAAUCUUCCAUUCAUGCAGACCUGGACGCAUUCCACUCUGGGUUCCAGGCCUGUGCCAAAGAGGUCCUGCAGUACCUGAGUCAGUUUGAGAACUGGACGACACGAGAGCAGAGGUGCGCGCAGCUCAUCAACCACCUUCACAAGGUGCUGGCGCAGUUCCAGCCCGGCGCGCCGCCGCUCCAGCACCAGCUACCCGCCGGAGACGCACAGGAUGGGCAGAAAGCCGACAGCCAAGCAAACUGUGUCCCGGUCAUCCAGAGGACCCAAGGCGGGGAGCUUAACGAGAAUGACACAGACACGGACAGUGGAUACGGCGGCGAGGCUGAAAAGAGCGAAGGCAAAGACAAAGAAUGUGAGCGCAAUAAGGCGCAGGGACCCAAAGCAGUGAAGAUCAAGCAAGAGUUUGGAGAUGAUCGCGCUGCCAAAAAACCAAAGAUGAACUGGCCUGGGAACGGGUUAGGGGGCACAGACCCCACCAGACCCGAUCUGGCGUUUAUGAACUCUCUGAUGGGAAUAAGCAGUGUGGGACAGCAGACACCUAUUUGCAUGCCUUUCUACUUCAUCAACCCCUCAGCCGCGGCUUCUUGUAUGCCUUUUUUCGACAAAAGCAACAUUGAAAAGUACAUGUAUCCAGCAGCGGCAGCUCUUGCAUCCCCCUUCCCCUGGCUAUACCCCGCGCACGCGUCAGCAGCGGCGGCCGCGGCUGCUGCUGCCGCUUUCCCCGGCUUGUCUGUGCACUUUGGAGCCUCUUCACAGUCCAAGGACUCCCACAGUCCGGACAGCGACGAGUCGCACGAGGCUGAGCUGGGCUCACCUGAGGAGCGCGAGGAAAGUCCCGCGAGUGAGGACGGGGAGGGUGACGAGGCUGAAACGUUCCAAGAGAGCAAGAAAGGCGAUCAGUUGUCUGCUGGUCAAACGAGCUAAUUUGUCUGUGUUACCUCUCCAUGCAUUCUGCUGAGGAGUUUAUGUAUUUCAUUUUUUUUUAAAAAUUAGGCUAGUUUUAAAACGAGGUUUCACAGAAGAGUUUAUCAUGUACAAUAUCUUGGUGAAACAGGGGACAGUUGUGACGGCGCGUGUGCCUUUUGCACUUAUGCUAGACUAAUCAAUCUAAAUGAUUAUCGACAAUGAUUGACAUUAAUACACGGCUGUCUUGUGCUGGAGUUAGUUUUUUAUCCUCUUUGAUAAAAUAUUUUAAAGUGGCAGCAUUGGUGCCAAAACUUUGAGUACUUCAACAGUGCGCAAUAUCCCAAUCAGCGAGUCUCUUUGGAUGUAUGAAGUUGCAACUGACCUCUGCCAAGGUUAUUAAGAGCCUGGCUCUGACUCUGACUGUAAAUAUUAUUACCUGGAAGACAGUCUGAUUCUUUAACAUGUAAAUGUGCACUAAAUGGGCCUAUAAAAGAAGUGCUCCCGGAAGUGUAACGCCCACAGUACCUCAUCCCUCAACUUUGCAUUGGGUAGGCUGAUUGGGAGGAAAUUAAUGGUACCCCCUCCCAACACACACACGCGCACACACACAAACACACACAAACACACACACACCAUCAUCAUCAUCAUCAACAAUACAUACAAAAAAUAGCUAUAUACACAUUGAUGAUAAUGACAUUUUCGGAGAGGUAUAAUACCGGAUUGCCCUGAGUUUACUCUGCGUUCCUUGACUUGUCUGCGAGGAAAGAAAAAACAAUCACUGAAAUUAUUCAGAAUAAUGAAAAAAGAAACCCUUCAUUCACAAGGGGGCUGCUUGACCAGCAUAUUGCACCGUACCCUGAAUGAAGCAUUUCAGCACAGAGAUGCAGUGACCUCCUGUACCUCCAGGAAACAUUGUAGGAUAGCACCUUAUAGAUCUUUGAUAUUGAAUGUACCUGUAUUUUCCCAGCUGUUGAAGUUUGUAUGUAGGAUGAUCUUUACUCUUUGAGACGUAAAGUGCACUUUUUUUCUCUUUUACUCCCCCGAAACAGUCACCUCAUCAUUUUGAAAGUCAAUCACUGUAGUUCUACACUUUUCUUGUGUUGAGUUGUCUUGAAAUAAAGAAAAAAAAUCAUUUCAAAAGAGAGAUCAGAGAUACCACAUGCUUUGUGAUGAUUUCAUGCAGUAAAGUGGUGAUUAAGUCAUUUGCCAGAUUUAACAAAACACUUUUUUUUUCGGGCUCUUUCAAGGCAAAACGAUUCAAAUCAUAAUCUGAUUUGAAAACCUCACACCCCACCACACAGCAGACUACCCCCUGAUUCUGUGUUAUAUGCUAUCAUUAUGUAAAACCUCGCUUUUCAAAUGUGUGACAAAGGUGGGAAAGAAGCUGUGGUCAUGUGACCAUCACUUAUGAUCAUUGCAGUUUUCUGAACUUUAUCUUGGCCUGUUUUCUAAGAGAUUAAUUCCUGCAAGUGUAGUGUUGUUCGGCUUUUUUAAGUUUUCACACGUGACUGAAUAAACAGAUGAUUUUCAUUGUAUUUUGCAUACAUGACAUUGCUUUUGUAGUUUACUUCAGCUGGUUUUGCCUCAAAUCUGUUAUCAACUGUUAUAUAAAGUGGCAUGUGUGUAUGUAAAUAGUUUUUUUUCUGUGAAUAUACCAUAAAGUAUACAUGUCAAUGUCAAUGUUGUAGAAGUCUAUGGAUUUUUUUAAAGAUUUAACUGAGCAACUGUUGCACAUUUUCGUUAAUGCUUUACACAUAUGCUGUUCUAAAUUAUUGCUGAUGAGUUGUAAAAUAAAUAUCAAAACUAAA